AUGGCGAAGCCAUUGUCAUUGUUCUCGAGCCCCCCUCCUCCUAAAGAGGGGAGAUAUCAUUCGCAACAGUACAUGGAAAAGAGGAAAAAUUUCGUCUUCAAGCUGAUUGCUGGCGCUCUAGCUCUAGCGUUGACUUAUUUUCUAUAUAUCUCCACAACAGACCCGAAAACGGCUUCUCGUCACACCGAGCGCGCGAAGGCUUUCCUAGGAAAACCAGGCCCCAAUGCGAUAGCAACGGCAGAUACAAUUGUCCCGGCUGUAACGGUCAAAUCUGAAUCGGUCGCCCCGAAACCGGCCGGCGAGGUUGAGGCCGGCCCGGUUGAAGCUACCAAUGCUGAUGUCGAAGAGGAGCACAUACUUGUCCAGAAGCCGAAACAAACGACAACCUACGAAAAACCGAAGGUUGAUCUCGCGGAUGAAAACAAACCUGCAGGGAAAGCUAAAUACGGGAACAAGCCGAAGGAUGAAGACGUGCAUUCCCGGAAAUCCAAACAAUCUCUUUCAAAACCCCAAAAUGCAGAUUUCAAAAGAGCGCUCGAUCGUAUCUUUGAGCUGCUUCCCGAUGAGAUGCAUGUUCGAGAACUUCUACGCCCAAUCGACGGUACCGGAAAGGAGAAGCUUCGGGAAACUGGCCUUCGCGCAAGAGCAUUUAAGACCUUUUUCGAAGCAUGGGAGAAACUCCAUGUAGUUAUCGGAGAAGACGAAGCUUAUGUCAGGGAUGAUAUCGUCCAAGAACUUCGCAGGGAUAAGUCGAUUGAAAAUAUUGCGCAAACUAUCCACCAGUAUGAGGCCUAUCGUGGAUUUUUACAGCGAUUCGCCACUCUUCUCUUCCCAUACUUCUCGCCAUAUUUCGCUGACCAUAUGAGUCUACAUGCUCAAAUGUAUAAAGGCGGACGUGGUAUCGUUCUCUCUGCGGGUGACGGCCAAGCUCCAUUCUUGCUCACCUCCAUUCCAUCCUUCAGGAAGCUCGGGUGCAAGUUACCAAUCGAAAUCAUGUAUCUUGGUGAUAGCGACCUUAGUGAGGACUACCGGGCUGAACUCGAACAGUUCGAGGGUGUCGUUACCCGAGAUAUCUCCGCCAUGGUCAGCGAUGAUGGCUGGAGACUUGCUGGAUGGGCCGCGAAGCCAUUUGCCAUGUUGCUUUCUAGUUUUCGAGAAGUCAUAUUCAUUGACGCAGAUUCCUUGUUUUUCAAGAACCCAGAAAUCCUCUUCGAAGAUGAAGAAUAUAAAAAGUACGGCGCACUGUUUUUCAAAGAUAGAAUCAUUAUGCCCGAGAACAAGAAGAGGUGGUUGCAACAAAUCAUUCCAAAGCCGAUUUCGAGGAACGUCCGCCAGACCCGCCUCUGGACCGGUGAGAGUGGACAUCAACAAGAAUCUGGUGUCGUUGUUGUCGACAAAUGGAGGCACUUUGUUUCUAUGAUGAUGGUCACUAGAAUGAACGGCCCAGACCGUGACGGUAACGAGUCGAAGGGUAUUGUCGGUGUCUACGACUUGGUUUAUGGUGACAAGGAAACUUUCUGGAUAGGAUGGGAGCUUGUUGGUGACACCGAAUACGCGUUCCACUCAGGUGACGCAGGUAUCAUGGGAGAACUCAAAGAACAGCCUCCUAAACCGACUGAAAGCACCCCCCCUCCAGCAGAAGGGGAAACCCCACCACCUGAAAAGUUCACGAUCUGUGCACCACAGCUCCUCCAUCUUGACCGGGAUGGAAAGCCUUUGUGGUUCAAUGGUUGGAUCCUGAACAACAAGUUCGAGGAGAAGAAGAAGCAACGAAAAGCAAACAACUUUCAGUUCUAUCUCCGAGAAAAUCCAAAGCCGGAUUUAGAUACUAUCGGAGGACAAGACCAAUGGCAACUCCAGGAGAACAAUAUUUGCUGCUUGACAACGAAUCAAAAUUCCCAGUUCAGCUCAGAGGAGACUGGCACUCUGACUAUGAUUCUAGAUUUGGCAUAUAAAGCCGGCGCAUACGGUAAAGGUAAAUAG